UAUUCUUCACUCAGUAGCUCCCCACUCCCGUCAGCUGUCACCGUCAACUACGCCAUCAUGACUAACCACAAUGACGCCUUCUUCACUCAUAAAUUCUUACUAAUGUCUUCAUUAACCACGCCUCUGUUCUUCCUUUACUUUUACUCUAUAUCUCUCUUCUUCUUAUUCUUCUUCUCGCUAAUGUAGUAAAGGACCAAUCUUUUCAUACUAUUCUUCAUUCUUUGGCUUGUUCCAAGUGCGACCCAUUUGAGGAAAAGUAGAUAUGGAAGGUGGGUCGAGCUCAGAAACCGGUGAGAAGGUGGAUAAACAAAAGGGUCUCAAGCUGGGGUCUGUUUUACCAAAUAUUGAGCCCUUUAUGCCAAGAAAGAAUUUUUAUGAUCCUAGAGAGCUAAGAUCUUGGGCUAAGAAGACUGGUUUUGUGUCUACUUUUUCUGGGGAGACUGAUAGGGGAAGUGUGAGUGGGAGGAAUGUUGAAAAUGAGAGUGAGAAGUUGGAUUUGGAAAAGGUUAUUGAGAAAAAGGAAUCUUUAUCACCAAAGAUUGAGAUUGAUCCUAUUCUGGGGAGGACAAGGAAUAGAGGAGUGGAAAUUGAGCAGGAUUUAAGGGUUGGAAAUGGGAGAAAAAGGAAUGAAAGGGAUGGAGAAAUUAGAGAUGAGAAUCAGAGGAAUAGAGCUGGUCUUGAGCCUAAAAAUGAGGAGAGAAGAGAUGGUUUAAAUGGUGCUGGAAAUGGUAAUGCCAAUGUGGCUGUUGCUGGGAAUGGGAAUGGGAAUGGAGUUCAGCCAGCAGCUCAAGUUACUGAGCUGAAAAAAGAGGAUGGAGAAGGGGAUGGAGAAAUGGGAUUCCUGGGAAAUCCUGAUGGUGAAGAUCCAAGUUAUGGAGGAUGGCAUCGAUCACCUAAAAUGAAGUGUGGGCUAAGAGAAAAUCCCGGUUUUGUACCACUUAUAUAUUAUGGGCUGCAACACUUCUUGUCGUUGGCUGGUUCACUCAUAUUCAUUCCAUUGAUUAUCGUACCUAUUAUGGGUGGAUCUGACAAGGAUACUGCCACUGUAAUUUCCACAAUGCUGCUAGUCUCUGGCAUUACCACGAUACUUAAUUCAUUCCUUGGAACGCGGCUCCCAUUGGUUCAAGGGAGUUCAUUUGUGUAUCUUGCACCCGCAUUAGCUAUUAUGAAUUCUCGAGAAUAUCGAAACCUUACUGAACAUAGAUUUAGGCACAUAAUGAGGGAAAUACAAGGGGCCAUAAUUGUUGGUUCAAUUUGUCAGAGCAUCUUGGGUUUCAGUGGUUUGAUGUCCUACCUUUUAAGAUUAAUAAACCCAGUUGUGGUUGCACCAACUGUAGCUGCAGUGGGCUUAGCAUUUUUUAGCUAUGGCUUUCCCCAAGCUGGUUCUUGCGUGGAAAUUAGUCUCCCCCAGAUAGUCUUAGUUCUCAUUUUUACCUUGUACCUUCGUGGGAUAUCCAUUUUUGGACACAAGGUGUUUCGAAUAUAUGCAGUUCCCUUGAGUGCUAUAAUUAUAUGGGCAUAUGCUUUCUUUCUUACAGCUGGUGGAGCAUAUAAUUUCAAAGGUUGUGACCCUGACAUACCAAGUUCCAACAUCCUAAUAGAUGCCUGCAGAAAGCAUGCAUACACAAUGAAACAUUGCAGAACAGAUGUUUCGAAUGCUAUGAGAACUGCUGCUUGGGUUAGGAUCCCUUAUCCCCUGCAGUGGGGUAUUCCUAUCUUCCGUAUGAGGACAUCAAUCAUAAUGGUCUUUGUGUCACUGGUUGCAUCUGUUGACUCGGUUGGGACAUAUCACUCUGCAUCUGUGGUAAUUAACCUGAAGCCUCCAACUCCUGGUAUUGUGAGUAGGGCUAUUGGUUUGGAAGGUUUUUGUAGUUUACUGGCCGGGCUUUGGGGCUCAGGGACUGGAUCAACAACCUUGACAGAAAAUCUGCACACUAUUUCUGUAACCAAGGUUGCUAACAGAAGGGCUGUGGUAUUUGGAGCACUUUUCAUGAUCUUCUUCUCGUUCAUAGGAAAAGUGGGUGCUAUUCUUGCAUCCAUUCCACUUGCUUUGGCAGCUGCCAUAUUGUGCUUCACAUGGGCUCUGAUUGUGGCAUUAGGUCUCUCGACGUUGCAAUAUACUCAGACAGCUAGUUUUCGUAACAUAAUGAUAGUUGGUGCUUCACUGUUCCUUGGCUUGUCCAUUCCAGCAUACGUUCAGCAGUAUCAGCCUGAGUCCAGCCUGAUACUACCUAGCUAUCUUAUUCCUUAUUCAGCAGCUUCUGAUGGACCAGUCCACACUGGUAGUGCAGAUUUUGAUUUCGCCUUCAAUGCUCUUCUGUCACUGAACAUGGUGGUAACACUUGUGGUAGCAUUUGUAUUGGACAACACAGUCCCAGGUAGCCGGCAGGAACGAGGGGUGUACCUAUGGUCAAGGACCGAUGACAUAAUGACAGAUCCAUCUUCACUUUCAGAUUAUACCCCUCCAAGUAAGGUUGCACGGUUUUUCCGCUGGGCAAAAUGUUUGGGAUGCUCUUUGCACCGUUGGGAACCAUAGUCUAGGUUGUGCCAAGUGUAGAGAAGCAGUACAGAUAGGUUAUAGAUACAUGCACAUAUUCUUUUAUCUUAUUCAGAAGCCAUUUUUUCUUUGCUGAAAGUAUAGCAACAGGCUGUGUUUGUUAGUUCAAUGAAAACACAAAGUAAUACAUGUCACCUCAACAGUCAGUUUUCAUAUGUAGAAGGGGUGAUUAUAGAUACAUUUGCUGUUCUGUUAGGUAUAAACCCAUUUAUGAAUUGCUUCAUGUGAGGUCAAUACUCAAUUUUCUUGUGCAGAAGGGGAGAUUUCAUUGCAUGAGCUA